AUGGACACGGAGGCGAAGCUGAAUAUGAGCCUGGAGGAGCUUGCGAUGUCGUCGCGGAGGUCUCCCGGAGGCGGACUUAACGCGCGUCGUGUAAACCGGCGUCCGUCGCCGUACUCGCGCGGAGAUUUCGGAACCCGGAGGGGCAGCUCUACGAUCAUCUGCAACAACUGCAAGAUGCCCGGCCACAUCGCACGCGAGUGCACCAACCUCGCCGUCUGCAACAACUGCGGCGCUCCAGGCCACAUCGCGUCGGCGUGCACGUCGGAGGUGGUGUGUCGCAACUGCAAGCAGCCGGGGCACAUCGCAGCGGACUGCACAAACGAGGCCGUCUGCCGCAACUGCGGCAAGCCCGGCCACAUCGCCGUCGGCUGCACUGUCGGCGCCGUCCCCAAGUCGCAGUUGUGCAGCAACUGCUUCAAGCCGGGCCACUCGUCAGCGGAGUGUGGCAACGAGAUGGCGUGCAACAACUGCCGUCAGACAGGCCACAAGGCGCGCGAGUGCCCCAACGCGCCCGUUUGCAACGUCUGCGGCGCGUACCGCGGAGGAGGCGGCCGGGGUGGAGAAUUGUGCCACUCUUGCCAGCAACCGGGGCACUUCGCAAGGGAGUGUCCGCAGGCGUACCGUGGAGGAGGCGGCGGGGGUGGCGAGCUGUGCCACUCGUGCCGUCAGCCGGGGCACUUCGCGAGGGAGUGUCCGGUGGGGGUGGUGUGCCACGUGUGCGGCGGCAGGGGGCACAUGGCGGCGGCGUGCCCGUCUGAUCCCCGCGCCAUGCGCGGUGGCGGCGGCCGGCGAUAG